AUGUCGGCUCCAGAUCUCCUGGAACACACACCAGAGGAAACAUCCGACCUGCCUUUCCCGAGAGAAGGUCACUCCGUGGCGUUCGUCUACGGCACAUUAAAAGAGGGUUUCAGCAACCACUGGCUUAUGCAGGAGCUGAUGCAAUCUGGCGACGCCAUCCGGAUAGGAACCGCUCGGACCGUCCAGAACUACCCUCUUGUAUGCGGUCCGUUCCAAGUUCCGUUUCUUCUACGUCUCCCCGGCAACGGUCACCGCGUCUUCGGAGAGAUUUACGAAGUUAACGAGAAAGCGGUCGCCAGGCUGGAUAUUCUCGAAGGUACCGACCGUGGUCACUACGUGCGGCUACCGCUUUUUCUAUCCGACGUCGAAGUUAGGGACGACUAUGAAAUGGACGGAAAAUACCGCCAUCUACGGGAAGGGAUUAAUGAAGAAGUGAAGUUUACGGCUGUCGCGUACUUUGCGGGAAUGGAUCACACGCCCGGAUUGGCCAUGGGGGAGGCGAUUGAGUCGUUUGACGCUCGUGCAGCGGCGACGUACGUUCCGAGACGAGAGAGGCCACCGAAUAAGACGUUCUUGGAGCAUGUCCAUGCGUGGAUUCAGGAGCGGCGGUCAUUGGUGGAGGCGACUGAGGAGGCAUAUCGCUGGGCUCUUCCUGUUCAGUGA